AUGUUUUCAUCACCUGCCAACGACUUGUCGAAAUACACAACCAAACCGACGACUUCCGCUAACGACUUGUCGAAGUACACCAACAAGCAGUUGACGGCGGCCAAUAAAGUCACAAGGCUGAGAGAGGAGUUGAUGAGUGAGAUGAUUGUGAGUCUUCCUCAGUGGCUUCUUAACCAGGCUACGGAAGACCAAUUUGAAGGAGCUCAACUCCGGGUCCACGAUUUAGAUUCUGAGGUCAAAUGGAAGCGGAAGGUCAACACAGUUUAUGACAAAACCAGGGACAUCUUUAUUCCGUGUGAUGCUCAUGAAAUAGAGGAGAGAUUCACCUUAUUGUACUUUGAGGCCGAGCAGUUUGUGAAGAAACUCAUAAGUCAGGGUUUCCAGGAUCUCCCUCCCCAAGCGAUCGUGAUGGUUGAAAAAUACCACCAGUAUCUUACGAAGAUAGACAACUUGGAAAACAGAAUAUACAAGAACAAGGUGUUGGGAAAGGAAAACAGGUCUACAGAAAAGGUCGAAAUAACUGUGAAAGAAAUCGAAGCCAUGGCCAACAAGUUGGAGUACAACAAGUACAUCAACAUUUUUCCUGUCAAAAGCUCCCAAGAAGCUCUUGAUUGGAUUGUCUCCUUCACGUAUACCAUUUCUGAUGCCAGGUAUAACCGGCUACAGAGGUCAGCCGAGUCCAAUUUAAUUGCUGGUACCGCCGGUCAUGACUACAAGAGCACAUACAUAGAGACAAUUCGAAAGUUCAAGUUGAUGCCGACCAUGAAGUGUGAAAGAUUGUUUGUGUACUAUGACAAUCUAUAUAAGAUAUACCAGAAAUUCGUCAUGAGCAAUUCGUUAGGGAAUGAUGAUGAUGACAGAAGAUUGGUGCCGGAAACAACAGAAAAGGGUAUGCGGACUCUCUUCACGUCGGACGACCCCGAACAAGUCAUCUAUGAUCUGUGA